CGCCUUGAAAGGUUUUCAACCUUCAACUUCAACGGGAUCAGGGACGUAUCUGCUUGCUUUUCUCGCUCGCUCCAUUAUUGUUUUCGUGCUUCGCGUCCGAAUUGGCGGGUAUUCGUAACCGGAGAAAGAUUUUUCACUUGAAUUCGUUUUGUGAAGUUAGGGUUCGGUGGUUUUCGCUAUGUCUGAUACUUCCAGGGGCCGGGUUACCAUUACUCUUGGGCGUAGCGGUCAGGUUGUGAAGAGGGAUGUAUCAGCAACUGAUGCUUCUUUCUCAGGUUCAUAUGCCUCUGCUGGGACGAAGAGAUCUGCAAGAGACAGGCUCGGAAAUAAUGCUGACAGUUCCUCGUGGUACGGGAAUGAAUUCAGCAGCAAUAAAAGACAUCGAGGCCAUAUAGGCAUGUCAAAUGGGCUACAUGAUAGGCGAAUUGGCAAAGAUGAUCUUCGAUUAAAGCUCAUGCGAAAAAGUGCGUCUAGACAGUCUAAAAGGAACAUAGACCUCCGUGAAAAACUGUUGAAGGCUCACCCUCUGUCAACAGGUGUUAAUUCCAGCCGGCUCUUGCCUGAGCCAAGUGAGUCAAGCAUGCCCAGGCAAACGCAUUUGGCUAGAAGUUCUAAUGAUUUAACACAGAUGGAAUCCAUGAGAUGCUCCUACUCUCCUUGGUCAUUAGAUCAUAAUCUUUCAAGACAAAGAUCACCUGAUGGGUUUCCUAGCACAUCCCAUGCAAUUUCACCUCGAAGAAAUGCAGAAGAGUUGCAGAGGAGGCCAUCAAACCAGACAAUGGAUGGUGUCAGGCAAGUUCCACGUGUAACUAGGAAUGUUCUCGAGUCUACAAGGGCUACAAGGCCUCCAAGUGCUGCACCUUCCACUAUGAUGGCAUGCUCCACAAUGUCCACAUUGCCUUCAGUAACGGCUAAGCCUGCGGCAUCUUUUCUUGGCCAAAUUCAUCCAUCAAGCAGCAUUGCUCAAAGGACUCCAUAUGUGGGCAAUGAACAGCAAUCCUACCAAACUGUUGAUGGCCUGUUAAAUGCACUGGGGCUUGCAAAAUAUGCAAUUCUCUUCAAGGCUGAGGAAGUUGAUAUGACUGCAUUGAAGCAGAUGAGGGAAAAUGACCUCAAAGAGCUUGGAAUUCCAAUGGGCCCAAGAAAAAAGAUUCUUCUUGCUCUGUUGCCUCGUGUCAGACGUCAACAAUGAUCUAUAAUGCAUGAUGCAGAAGCUGAUGGAUAUUGGAUCACCAGUUUUCUCUGGUGAUAAUGAUACACAAUUACACAUACAUUUGAGAAUAUGUACAACUGUAUACAUAUGCCUUCUCCAAUGAGGGUUGAGAAUGUCCCAUGUAUCGAUGACAGGUUUGCACUCAAGAACAAGUAUUGACCAAAGAUUUAGAUUUUUUUUUCUUCUUUCAGGUAUGUUGAUCUAUAAUCUAUCCUAUCCUAACAAUUGUUCUUUUGCUUAUUGUUGGAUGAAAUGUGAAGUUGAAUAAUUAAUUUUA